AUGCCGUGUCUCUGGGAAAUGGCCAUCCAGGCAGUCAAGACUGGUUGCCAGUGGCAUUACAUCUUCGUCUCCGGUAGCAAAUGGCGCCUCUCCGUGACAGGCGGCUCAGAAUUUCCUAAACAUUGUACCAGACGUAAACACAUUCUCGUUUUGCGGAAAAUAGUGAAAACUGAACUUGGACCCUACACAGCCCCACCAGCCAUACACAGCCACACCACCACCACACAGUUACACCAGCACCGCAUAGGUCCACCAGCCCCACAGCCCCACCAGCAGCACACACCCCUACAGCACCACACAGCUCCACCAGCCCCACACACCACUACCAGCACCACACAGCCCCACCAACCCCACACACCACUACCAGCCCCACCAGCACCACACGGCCCCAUCAAACCCACACAGCCCCACCAGCACCACACGGCCCCACCAAAACCACACAGCCCCACCAGCACCACACAGCCCACCCGCCCCACACAGCCUUACCAACACCACACAGCUCCACCAGCCCCACACAGCCUUACCAGCACCACACAGCCUACCAGCCCCAUACAGCCUUACCAGCACCACACAGCUCCACCAGCCCCACACAGCCCCACCAGCCCCAUACACCACUACCAGCACCACACAGCCCCACAAGCACCACGCAGCCACACCAGUUCCACACUGUUCCAUCAGCCCCACACAGCCCCACCAGCAUCACACAGACCCACCAGCAUCACACAGCCCUACCAGCACCACACAGCUCCACCAACCAUACACAGCCCCACCAGCACCACGCAGCCCCAACAGCACCACACAGCACUUCCAGCCCCACACAGUUCCGCCAGAACCUACACAACCCCACUAGCCUCAGAAAGCCAUGCAGAGCCCACUAGCCCCACACAGCCCCACAAACCCCACCAGUACCACAUAGCCCCACACAGCCCCAUCAGCCCCACCAGCACCACCAGCCUCCGUACACCACCGCUCUUACUCAUGGCCUUGUUAGCCGCUAGACUGAGACAAAUGGUGUGUUGUCCCGCCGGGUUGUCCCUCCAUUAA